CAAAAAAGCUCACAAGCCCAGAAUUAAUUAUUGUUAACUGACUACCGACUUCCAAGUCGAAUCAACAAUUGAAGCUCCUCAUAUAGACAUAUGAUAGUGGCCCCAUCUGUGAGUACGUUCAAAGGGAAGUAGUAUCAACUGAGAGACUCUAUCACCAGGACAAAAAUGAGUCACUUUCCGUUCUUCGAAGACGGAAACUGAUGCUUUUGCAUCAAAAAUCUGUCUAUAGCCCCAGUGUUAUUGAUUCAUUUCUUCUAAACAAAUGCCCUUGUUGGAGUAAAAGGUCAUCAAGUAUUUCCGCAACAAAUAAAACCAAUGGAAACGGACACUGUUCAUUGAACUUUUGUGUUAUAAUGCAUAUAAUGGUAAAUAAUAAAGUAGUAGUCAUAAACGCGCAUAUUUGUCUUUCGACUGAAUAUGGCCGCUAGCGAGGUGGACAUCCGUGACUUGCAAUCAAACGUCCGUAAAGUACUCACUUCUACUAAGGACCCGCUGGAAAAACUCAGAUGUCAAUGCUUACUACGUGGAGCGAACGGUAUCUAUGGAUUUGGAAAACAAUUUCGUAUCAUGGAUGACGAUGGAAGCAAGUCUUUAUCUAAAGAAGAAUUCAAGAAGGGCUGCCAUGAUUUCGGCUGCAACUUGACUCCAGAGGAGGUUGACGUGCUUUUCAAUAGGGUAGAUAAAGAUGGCAGUGGGACAAUAAUUUUCGACGAAUUUUUACGUGCUUUAAGGCCACCAAUGUCGAAUUCACGAACAGAAGUUGUUAGGAAGGCAUUCGCUAAAAUGGACAAAACUGGGGACGGGAAAAUCACGGUAAUUAAGCUAUGGUAGUAUCAUAAAAAGCGUGAAUAAUCGUACAAAACACGGGAUAUGUUUCUUCAAUGAAAAAUUUUUGUGGUAAAUGCCUUGUCUAUUAGGAUCAUUAAGGCCUAAUCUACGAGAAAAUGUUCAAAUCAUACAUUUUCCUUUCCAAUUAAAAAGUAAUAACCAAUUAACUUUUGAUAAAGGAUACUAAAUCGCUUGAGCGUAUCCAGCGUGUAGGGACAAAAUUAGUAAAGGGUCUUUCAAAACUCCCUUACGAUGAGCGUUUAAAACGUCUAAAUCUUUUCCCCUUAUCUUAUCGUAGGACGCGAGGUGACCUUAUACUGGCAUUUCGUAUCUUUAAUUAUGAACUGGGUGUUAAUAUGUCUUAUCUUUUUGCUCCCACCAACACUAAUAAUCUCCGGGGUCAUAGCAAGAAAGUUCUGAAACCGCGAUCUAUUAAAAUAAAGGUGGGGUCCCGUUUUUCUCAUCGAGUGGUCAAUGAUUGGAACACUUUACCAGAACAAGUAGUAUCAACACCAUCAGUGGACAUUUUCAAAAAGAAGCUGGACCUUCACUGGAAGGAAAUUUGUCAGGAUUAACACAGGUUCAUCAACCUGCUAUCCUUAUUACUGAAGACUGUAAUACGACCGUGGUUCCGGGGCUAAGCAAACCUAUAUUUGGCUGAACAUCAGCUUGUUACUUUCUAGGUAUUAGGUGACACUAUUAAAUUUAUCUGGAUAACAUCUACGUAUUUUACUACGCCCACUAUACGUAGUCAAAUACUGACUUUUUGUGCUUUCUAUCUCAAAUAGAGAUCCAAGUGUUGUUUCGUUUCACGCCUCACUAGCCAAGAAUUACUACAGGUAUGGCUUCGGCACUAUACGUGGAAACGGUAGUAAGUCUAGUAAUGUUAUCACUUGUAAGAGUCUUUUAAAUGAGGCCACGGCAAAAUAAGUAGUCUCAGUUUAGUAUGUGGAGUUCGAAAACAAUACUUGAGUGACUUUUCAACAACUCCCUUUCAGUUGGAUGAUCUACGGAACGUGUAUCAAGUUAAAUAUGAUGCCAAGUACAUAUCUGGGAGAGCGACUGAAGACCAAGUUCUAAGAGAGUUCCUAAAAACGUUUGAAAACGAGAAGUCUGUGGAUGGUGUCGUAAGUAAUUUGGUUUGUGCACGUUUAUUGAAAUCAUUAAAUCUUACUAAACGUUUGCAAUCUUUUGUAUCUCUGUGAUAAGUUUAGAGUCUGUUAUCUUGUCCAUUCAGUUUAAGUUGUAUUAUACCUUGUAAUCAAGGUUACUAGUGUGAUAAGAGACCAAACAAGACCUAUCUCGUGAAAUUAAUCGUAUAUUCACCAUCACUAAUCUGAUGUUUACACCCUGAAAUAUACUUUGGUACUAUUAGUCGCGCGACAGUCUUGUGAACAUCGAUAAAACGAUCUUUUUACUAUGACAUCUUGGCUUAUAGUUUUACCGUUAACUGAAUAGGUUUUUUGUUGGUAAACUUAGGAAAGAUUGUUUUCCAUAAUAUUAACUGUAGUUAUAACACUUAGGUACCACUUAAGGUGUUUUUAAAUUUUUUGGUUUCCCGAAGGUUUGAUCUUACGAGCAAGAUAAUUCCUGGUUGAGAGCGGUUGAAAAGAAGCCGAUUUGGUCAAAAGUUAUUUAUUAUUGCCAAGACGGUAAUUCUUUCGUAGAUUUUUGGAAUAUAUUUUAUGUCAGCGCUGCAGUCUGGGGUUGAUAGUGCACCAGUUGUAAACCUACAAAUUCACCCAAAACACUGGACACAGUAUUUGACUAGCCACUUGCUCCAGUAAAUUCACGCAGAUAGAAUUUAUCACGCCGUACGUAGAGGUAAUCUGGAAACAACUACUGAAAACUAAUCAACUGAGUGUCUAAUCACUCUAGAAUGAUGUUAUUGUUGUUCAUCCCAAAGGAUCUCAAAAAAGAACUGAAGCAACAUUGAGGAACAAAUAUACUAGUUGGGAGAACCUAGUUACCACACCAUAGCAUAGUGAGAUAAAAGUGUAGCAUGUGAAGUAAUAGUAUAUUGGUGAUAGUAAAGAAAUUAUACAUAGCCGAUGAAGUAAUCAUAUCUUUUUUUCGAAUGUUUAAACAACAUCGUAUGUAUCGUAACUCACCAAACCUUGUUGUUGAUAGUAUUAGUUUCUCUAGUCUCGAUAGUUUCAUUUUCAUUCCAGAUGUCAUCGGUAUCUGCUCAUUAACUUAUGUGACCAGUUAUCGGGUGUCGUUAUGGUAUGCAAUGUUGAUCAUUGUGCAGCAAAAGCCAAAGGAACAUUCGUUAACGUGUACUACUUGUGACACGAUAUUAGUCUCGCUGUGUUGGCAAAUGUUGAGUGUAUCUGACAAUAGGAGCUUUGCUCUUUUGCUGAAAAUGCAAAGUUCAUUUUAAUGCUCUGGAAGGGAAAUUACAACUUUAUUGACAACCUUGAGUUCUUACAGGCCCGUAGAUUUCUGGCAAUCGUGCUAUUUAGUGGCUUUAACUGGUACUGGGCACAAGUCGAAAUAUAUCCCAACUGUGAUCUUACUACGUUCUCUAUUAUAGUCUUUAUAAAAAAUAGAAAUGCACCAACAUCCCUUAAUGCUAUGAUUUUUCCGAUUCCGUUUUUAAAAAAAACUGAUGCUACUUUGUCUAGUGUAACAUACUUCUUGGUGCACUGUUGAAACGAGCUGUAAUCAACUCACAAGUACUGUUUUUGAGAACAAUACCCAAAUAUUAAAAGCAUAUUUCGUUGCAUGGUUCGAACGAUAUGUACGGUUGUUACUUCGAGAAACGAAUAUCGUUUAGUACAUGAUCUCUACUUCUUCCAACCUGUAAAGAUAUUCACUGAUAGUUUCCAGGGUAAAGUAACAUUCAUAACUCUUCAUAGGGUGGCAUUCUAUUAAUGUGUUAUUUAGCACUAAUACGACCAAAAGAUUAUCUUAGUUUAUGGUCUUCUUACUUACACAGGUCUUUAAGUACAAAGGAAAUAAUAGCAUAUUUGUGGUUAUUAUCUUCCAAAUUACUGUCAGUAAACCUGAUUGCUAGAACUUCGGUAUAUUUUGGAAACCUUAAUUUCAAAUUAAAAACAUAAUGUGCUGAAUUUGUAUUCAUCGACUGUCAUUAGAAUGAACACUAUUGUUGUCUUCCGUUCAUCAUCAUUAGUCAGUUAGAGGUUUGAGAGGUGGUUCUUAAAACUCACAUGCUUGUUUCUAGGACCACUUUGCGUCCUCGUCAUACCAUAUUUUUGUUUCAAGAAGCAUUAAACAUGUUAUAGUAAUUGUGAGCAAACACGUAGUCUACAUUACCAUCAACCUAAUGUGAUUUUUAUGUAGUUUUGUUAUGGAAUACUUUGCAAAUAUGAAUGCCCACAUAACAAUAACUUUUUAAUGUGAAUUUACUGAAAUAUUUUUAAUUGCACUAUUUCAGGUCACCUGGGAAGAAUUUCUGAAUUACUACAGCGGUGUUAGUGCGUCGAUAGAUUCGGAUUCCUAUUUCGAACUUAUGAUGUGGAAGGCAUAUGGUUUAUAAACCCUUACUUUAUUUACUCAGAAUACCAUGAAAUAUUAUAAACGCGACCUUUUCUGUUGGGAAUACUUAUUCACUCCAGAUAUUUUUAUUUUUAUCUAACAGGAUUACUGCACCGAACGUGAUAUUUUCGAAUUACUUUGUUCCUCAAUGUUACUAAUAUCAUUGCACUAUUUAUUGUCGUAGAAAGAUUUCACUGAAUCGUCAUGUUCAUUUAUUUUCAGAAACGCGCUUUGGUUGGUAGUCUUCUAGUCUCUCUCAAGGGUAUAUAAAAGAUUUAGUUGUGUUUCUACUUAAUUCUAUUUUAAAGGAUCAUUCAUUCUCUUGGUAUUUGUCUCCAACUAUAUGUUAGAUAUUAAAACUGUUUUGUUUCCUUUACAUUACUGUUGUAUUCAGGUACUUAAUUUCCUGACUCUAGCUAUAUUGUGCUUGUUCUAUCAUACUUUUAAUAAUAUUUUGGAUGUUCAAACGUAUAAUUU